GUGUUCGCUUGACGCGUGUGUUUUCUGUUCCCUGGGGCCACAGUGUUUUCAACGGGACUCAACUUACAAUCUACUGGACUCACUAUGGCCGCUUGACCCGGGCUCAAAUACACUUCUUCUGAUUUCGUUUGUUCGGAACAUUUAGCAUCAACUUUUUUUCCAGAUACACUUUCGUCUUUUUGUAGUUUUUAUGUCAGUAAAUAAGGAUGCAGCCUCCUCCGAGAAAGGUCCGGGUCACCCAGGAGCUGAAACACACUCAUGCAGAGCAGAUGAGCAGAUUACAAAUCAAACACCAGACAGAGUGUGACCUCCUGGAAGACCUGAGGACUUUCAGCCAGAAGAGGGCUGCUGUAGAACGAGACUACGCCCAGGCCCUCCAGAAGUUGGCAAACCAGUAUCUAAAGAGAGAAUGGCCCGACAGUCUCACAGAAGAUCAGGCAGAUCACAGGAACAUGUAUUGUGUAUGGAAGGCCUAUUUAGAGGGAACGAUCCAGGUCACACAGUCCAGAAUAAGCGCCUGCGAUAACUACAAAGUCCAGGUGGCGGAUCCAGCCAAGACGGUCAGACUGCAGAAGGACCAGCAGCUGAGGAAGUGUAUCGAUCAGCUGAUGAUGGUUCAGGCCGAGCUGCAGGAUUCUGUGAAGGAGUUGUCCAAGAGCAGGAAGAAGUACCAGGAGGCUGAGACGAUGGCGCAGGCUGUACGAGAGAAGGCAGAGCUGGACGCAAAGUCAAAGCUCAGUCUCUUCCAGUCCAGAUCCAGUCUCCAGAGGGCAAGCGUCAAGCUGAAAGCAAAGAGGAGCGAGUGCAACUCCAAAGCCACACAUGCCAGAAACGACUACCUUCUCACGCUAGCAGCAGCUAACGCUCAUCAACAGCGCUACUAUGACACCGACCUCGUGGACUGCAUCAAGGUCUUAGAUGGGAGAAUCUACGAGCAGGUGAAAGAUUACCUGGUGUCUCUGUGUCAAACUGAGCUGGAAACAUACCAGGCAGUCCACAACACCUUCAACCAGCUCCUGAACAGCUCCAAUGGGGUAGCGCAGGAGUUUCACCAGCAGCUGUUUGUACAGGGGAACCUCAUGUUUCAGCAAGCCUCUGAGUUCUUGUACCAGCCCAGCGACUCAGAUACGGUGAUGCAGCUGCAGAAGGAAAGUGGAACAGCUGAGGAGCACAGUCUGGAUAAAGAAGCGAGGAAGUGGGCGAGUCGCGUGGCCCGAGAAUACAAGUGCAUCAUCCACACCCAGAGGGCCUUGGAGGAAUACGGGACACAGGAUUCAUCAGAGCAGAUCAACACUGAGCCGGAGACCAAGAUGGAAGUGGCCAGGCAGAGUCUGAGGAGGGCAGAGACGGUCAAAGUGAAAGCUGAAGCUCGUCUGGACAUGCUGCGGCAGGCAGGUGUCGCUGUUGAAACAUGGCUGAAGAGCGCCAUGAACCAGGUGAUGGAGGAGCUGGAGAACGAACGCUGGAACAACCUCAAUACCCAUGAUCCUUCACUCUCUGGGACAGCAGAUUUGGAGCGAGAGGAUGAGGAGGAGAUGGAGGACAGUGGAGAAGUGUUGGACGACAGCAGCUCCAGUCCCUCCAGCACCUUGAAAAACUAUCCCCUCACCUGCAAAGUCCUCUACUCCUACAAGUCGUCUCAGCCUGAUGAGCUGACCAUCGAGGAGCAGGAGAUCCUGGAGGUUAUUGAUGAUGGAGACAUGGAAGACUGGGUCAAGGCCAGAAACCGCAGCGGACAGGUCGGCUACGUCCCUGAGAAAUACUUGCAGCUGCCUUCGUCUAACAGUCUACUCAGCAUGCUGCAGGCUCUGGCCGCGCUGGACGCUCGAUCCCACUCCUCCAGUAACUCCACUGAACCUGAAACUGAAAUACCAGCCGGCUCUGUGAACGGAGACUCCAGUGUGUCGUUUGCGAAAGCCUUGUACGACUACGCAGGACAAACAGAGGAUGAGCUGUCGUUUCCAGAAGGUGCCAUCAUCCGCAUCCUGAGCAGAGAGACGCAUGAGGAUGACGGUUUCUGGGAGGGAGAGUUUAACGGCAUUGUAGGUGUUUUUCCGGCCGUGCUGGUGGAGGAUCUGACCGGGGGUAGCGAGAACGGAGACGGACAUAAAGAUGGCAGCGCACAGGUUUCCCCCUCCCCUCUGGCUCAGUGCGAUCGCUCCCCUCGUAGUCCCUUCCAGCCGGGGCCUCUCCACAGCAGCCCCCUUCAGACGCCCACCAUGUCCUCUCCUCAGUCGAGUCCCUGCAGCGCCACAGCUUCUCCCAUUGGUCGACCUCCCUCCUAUCACAACGGGCAUCACAGGCCGCCACCAGCACCACACAAAAGCCCCUAUCAGAGUCCAGCUCAGGGCUCCCCUCAACCUCCAAAAUAUCCAGAGAGCACUGCUGGAACCAUCAGACCUGUCCGUGCUGCUCCCCCACCCCCGAAGCAGCAUCCUCGCGGGCAGGUGAAGCGGAGAGAGGAGGUGGAGAUCACGUUGGUUUGAAGUCAGCACCCUGGUGGUGAUGGCGAUGAAGAAGAAGGCCCUGUACAAACCAGCUUGGUCACGGCGGAUCUGUUCCUCUAAACGGACUCCCAAAGGAAACCUGAGGAAACCUUAAACCCCUUGAAGACACCAGGAGGACGCUUUGUCCUUUUGUCUUUUCACACAACACCUCACAGGGUUAGUGCGCUGUGGAGGAAUAACGUGCCUUUCUCUUUUCUUUACCUUCCUGGUUCAGUUUUAUUCUCCUCACACUCCCUUACUAGACUAUUGGUCUCCUCUCUGACAGAUGAUCUGACUUUUUCAUAACUUUUAUGCAAAGUUGUUCAUCCUCCUGUCCGCACUGUCUAGCUCAUCUGUCUGGACAUGAAUUAUUUUACAGUCUUGACUAAAUAACUACAGAUGUCUGAUAUUAA